AUGCUCGUGGUUUUCAUAGUGCUCGCUAUUAUAGUGUUGCUCGCCAUUGCCGGCGUUGGUGCUGCUUACUAUUACUUCGAAAUUUACAAAAAGGGAGAAGAACGCAAGAAAAAAGCCAAAGGACAUAAAAGGGGAGCAGGUGGAAAAGCAGGAAAGCAUAAAAAUAAACAUAAGAAGAAGAAGGAGGGUCAUGGAGGAGGAAAGAAGACUAAAAGGGAGAAGACGGAGAAGACGAAGACGGAGAAGACGAAGACGGAGAAGACGAAGACGAAAACUGAAAAAUCAAAAACGAAAACAUAA